UUUAAUGUGAGCAAAUCAGCGUUAUCUGUUAGAGUGACGAACUGACGCUGGACCAAUUACAGAGCGGCGCUUUCAGUCGGGUUUUCUAAGAGCUCAUCCAACAUGUCGGAGAGGAAGGUUUUAAAUAAAUACUAUCCGCCGGACUUCGAUCCUUCGAAGAUCCCAAAGCUUCGUCUUUCUAAAGAUCGGCAGUAUGUUGUCCGGUUGAUGGCACCUUUUAACAUGAGGUGCAAGACUUGUGGCGAGUACAUAUACAAGGGGAAAAAGUUCAAUGCACGUAAGGAGACUGUGCAGAAUGAGCUUUACAUGGGACUGCCUAUUUUCCGUUUUUACAUUAAGUGCACACGGUGUUUGGCUGAGAUCACCUUCAAGACGGACCCAGAGAAUACAGACUACGCUAUGGAGCAUGGAGCCACACGCAACUUUCAGGCAGAGAAGCUUAUUGAGGAAGAAGAGAAGAAGAUUCAGCGUGAGAGGGAGGAGGAGGAGCUUAACAAUCCCAUGAAGGUUCUGGAGAAUCGGACAAAGGAUUCUAAACUGGAGAUGGAAGUACUGGAAAACCUUCAAGAGCUGAAGGAGCUUAAUCAGAGGCAGGCUGUGGUUGACUUUGAAAAGCUGCUGCAGCAACAUCAAGAAAGAGAGGAGGAGGAGAGGAAAAGGGAGCGGGACGAGGAUGAUGCAGAGAUGAAGGCAAUGCUGAGUGCAUCAAAGGUGAAGCGGUUACAGGAUUCAGACUCGGAUUCUGAAGAGGAUUGUCAUAGGCCUUCUGCAAUCCCUGCGUCUGAGAAGCCAACUGAUAUCCUGAGUGAGGUGAACAACUGCAACAGAAACUUGACAAAUAGCAAGAGCUGGGAGUGCAGUGUGGGAAAGCUGAGUGGCUCGUCACUGGCCACGAUGGUGGUCAGAAAAAAGACUGCAGAGGGUGCUUCUCAAUUAUGCAAAGGUUUGACAGACAAGAUAGCAGUAACUCCUGAAAACUCCAAGUCACCCCUAAACACCAAAUCAAACACAACUGCUCCAGUUUCUUCCUUAAGCCUUCUGGGAACCUACUCGGGAAGCAGUGACACUGAAAGCGAAUGAUCAGAUGGAUGGUGAACAGUGAAGGUAGUCUGUUGGACUGAGCUGGCCUCACUGUCUCAAAGGACAGUGACUUUUGAAGGGGACCAGUUUUGGCCAAAGUGUGAGGGUGAAAGCAUAUUGUAUGUGAAAACAUGUUUAAGGAAUUAUUUGAUUUAAAAUAAAAAAAAUAAGUAAAAAAAAUGAUUUUAGAAAGAAUCGACCACAUACCGAUUUGCCCUGACAUCGCAUACCCCAUUUUUAAGUUAAGGACAUGCCAAUUGAAUGCAUGAAUCUGACCGAGGGGUGUUUUUUUUUGUGUAUUGCUUUGACUUUUAUUUGCCUGUAAUGGUCUUUGCAGCAACCCAAAGGCGAUUGUGAACACCAGAGUUCCAAGAGCUAUAGGAGAGGUUACAGAUUUAUUUUAGGAUUUGCAGGGCAACCCAGCACUGCCUGCUAUCUAUGCCAUCUCUCUAUAAAUUUGUCGGCUCAAAUGUAUUGACAGUUUGUUCUUGUCGUGUAUGACUGGAUUCCAUGAUUGUGGUGACUUCUUCCUGGGUUGGAACAUGAACUUCAUUUCUUUGUAUUUCCUGGUUUAGUGUUUGAUGAACAGAUGUCUAACCCCACGUUAACAGACUGGAUGACUUGUUAAAUAACUGAAUCAUUGAUAACGGCACGUAUGCUGGGCGGAACUUCUUCUUUUUAGCGUUGUUACUUCUAUUAAACUCCUGUUUAUGAUGAAAA